AAAAUUUUUUUAGACAUAAAUUAAAUCAGAAUUUAUAUUAAACAGAAAUUAUUUGAUAUGAAAAUUAGGCUCAUUAUAAAAUUCUGCUAAAUAAAAAUACAUUAAUUUUUAAUUCGACACCAUGAAAAUUCCGACAGAUCUCAUGUUAAAAAUAUUUAUGAGUCCCUUUGUAAAUGAGUUUUAUUAGAACGAAGUGAACUCGGUGAAGGAUGUUAAAAGAAUGAUUGACUUUACACUAUGCUGGAUGCAAAAAUCAAUCAAUAUAUUUCUCUGUUCAAAUCUUUAAAAACAAUUACCGCUUUUCGCAGUUAAACGCAAGUUUUAUUUUAAAUGCAUAAGCUACACAGAUAUUAUCCUUUGUCUGCAAUUAUGUUUCAUUAUAGUCCAUAAGUCGAAACGCACUAAUAUUAAAAAUUCCCUUUAUAGAAGUCUUUUCGCACGAAGAGGAGCUAUAGAGUCAGUAGAAUGCACGAUGUUAAUAACAAAAGACAUAGUAUAAUUCAAUCGAACAAUUUUUCCUUUCUUUUUGAAUUCUAAUCCAACUUACAGCUUAUAAGUCAUAUUAACAAAUUUUACAUUAGAAAAAUGUGGAAUGAAAAAUCAUUUUUUCUUAUUUCCUUCUAAUUGUGACAAUAUAGAAAUGUGAAAUUAAGUAAUCGAGAAAUAUCAAUUUUAAUUCUAAUUGAUACUAUACCUUAAGCAUUUGUUAAAUUUCAUACUAAAAUUUUUAAAAUCUUUAGUUCAAAUUUUAGACAACAUUAAUAAACAUUAAAGUUGUUUAAUUAAUAGUGGAAAAAAAUUUUAAGUAAAAAUUUUGUUCAAAUAAAAUGCAAGAUUCAAGAAAUACUAAAAUUGCCGAGUACACUUUUAACAUAAUGUCUUAUAUUGGACUUUGGCGACCGAUGUCUUUAAAAUCAUUAUGGGCAAUUCGAAUUUAUAAUUUUUGCACUAUUAUUGUGUUAUUAAAUCAAUUUUAUUUUUCGAUAACUUUUUUAAUCAAUCUUUAUCAGAAUAAAAACAAAUCAGAAAUUUUUACAGAUAGUAUAUUUUGUUUUUCAAAUACGUUUCUGGUAGCAUUUAAAAUAGCAUAUUUCAAUUAUCGUAAAAAAGAUGUGAAAUUUUUAAUGAAAUUAUUUUUACAAAAACAAAACCUUCCUUGUAAUAUUGAAGAAGCUGUAAUUUAUAAAAAGUUUGAAGAUAAAGAACGAUUCAUUGAACGUAUUUUCGUGAUUUCUUCUUUAUUUACAGCUACGUUAUAUGUAUUUUUGCCAUUAUUAAGUAAAAAAACAAUUUCAUUACCAUUGAACAGAUGGAAUCCUUAUUCUAUUAACUCAAAAACAAUAUUUUGGAUGACCUAUAUGAAUGAUAUUUUAACUGGUUAUUUUUUUGCUUUAACAUACGCAUCGUUGGAAUCGAUUUUAACCAUUUUUCUGCAACAAAUUGGCACACAUCUUGAUAUUUUUAUUGAUCGUUUAUUGAAAUUGCAAAAUAUUAAACAAAACAAUGUUGAAAAAAUAGAUAUUUAUGAACAAGAAAGUAACAUAAUAAAAGAUUGUAUAAACCAUCAUCUUCGUAUUUUUUCAAUGGAAAACACAUUAAAUGACAUAUUUAGUCUUUUGAUUCUCUGCCAGUUCUUUGUUUCUAUAUUAAAUAUAUGUACUCUUUGUUUUCAUUUAACAAAAGCCAAAAUAAGUAGUGGAUAUUUUUGGUUGUUAAUAAUGCUAAUGACUUGUUUUACAUCACAAAUAUUUAUCUAUUGCUUUCUGGGUGAAGAACUGACACGAAAGAGUAUAUCCAUUUCUGAUGAAAUAUAUAACAUGGAUUGGACUUCAUUAACAAAACAAACGAAAGAAAAAUUAAUGUUGAUAAUGAUGAGAUCAAACCGCCCCAUACAAUUUACUGGCGCUUCAAUAAUUACAUUAUCUUUAGAAACAUUUUUGAAAGUAGUAAAAGCAUCUUACUCUUCUUUUAACUUAUUAAGGCAAACCAAUUGAUUUUUUAUCAAUAUAUAUAUA